AUGAUAUCGCGUAGUCUCCUGGUGGGCUUGGCAGGCCUGCUCGCUCUGCCCUGCGGCUGGGCUCAGGCACCAACAGCACAAACUGUGAAUGGGACAUACCAAGGCCUUCAUUUGUCCGAGUGGAACCAAGAUGUCUUCCUCGGUAUCCCUUAUGCACAGCCGCCCGUGGGUAACCUUAGGUAUCGCUGGCCACAAAGUAUUAACUCGUCUUUCGAUGGAAUUGGCGACGCGACGCGAUAUGGCUAUAGUUGCAUGCAAUAUGGAAGCACGUUCAACAUAUCGGAGGACUGCCUAACCAUCAAUGUCAUCAAGCCUUCUGGAAACUUUUCAGAACCUCUUCCGGUGCUGGUAUGGAUCUAUGGAGGUGGGCUCUAUGCUGGAAGCACUGCCGACCCACAAUAUAACCUAUCCGGCAUUGUCAAGGUUGGACAGGAUAUUGGGCAACCCUUUAUUGGUGUCAGCAUGAACUAUCGCUUGGGCAUGUGGGGAUUCUUGCAGACUGCUCAGAUCCUUGCAGAGGGCUCAAGCAAUGCCGGUUUAUUGGAUCAGCGACUCGCACUGCAUUGGAUCCAAGAGAACAUUGCUGGGUUUGGUGGAAGUCCUGACGAGGUAGUCAUCUGGGGCGAAAGUGCUGGGGCCCAGAGUGUUGCCUAUCAUAUGUUUGCCUACGGCGGGCGUAAUGAUGGGCUUUUCCGUGGGGCUAUAAUGGAAAGCGGAGGUCCAACGGGUGCGCAAAUCGAAACACUUUCCUGGUACAACACCGCCGUGGAGAACCUCACCCGGGCUGUUGGUUGCUGGGGCGUAUCUGAUCAACUAGCAUGUCUGCGAUCCCUCGACCAAGCUACAUUAUUUGCCGCUCAUCCCACCGUGGUUUGGAAUCCUCUCUUGGACGGCGACUUUUUGACAGGUUAUCCCAGUCAGCUCAUCGAGAAUGGCAGCUACAACGCGGUGCCCAUCAUCACUGGUGCCAACACAGAUGAAUCUUUUGCCAUUUCAGGAACACCAAACACGGAAGAAGACAUAUUCAACUCCAUCUUCACCUGGCGUUCCUAUUCCUUGACGCCACCAACGGUGCGUAAGCUUUUUGAGCUUUACCCAGAUGAUCCAUGCUACGCUGUCCCGUAUGCCAUUACAAAUUGUACACGAAAUGAAGCUCGGGGCCUGCAAUGGCGUAGGGCCGCCUCCAUAGGGUCCGACUUGGUCAUGGUAUCCCAAAGGCGCAAGAUGGCCGAGUUAUACACCAAUGCUGGAGUCGACGUGUACAGCUAUCGAUUCGAUCAGCGCAUCUGGAAUGGACCUGAAUGGGACGGCGUCAAGCAUUUCCAAAAUGUUGCCUUUAGUUUUCAAAACAUUUCCGGAUUGCUCGGUCCUAGUCCCGAGUACGACAGCCAUCUGCGGCUAGCCCGGGGGAUCGGGCAAGCAUACGCGCACUUUGUGAAUGAUCUGAAUCCCAACGGUGCUGCUGGAAGUGAGGAAGAUAUUUUGCCAACCUGGCCAAGUUACGAUCUCGAGGCCCCAAAGAACAUUGUCUUGAACGCGACUGAGAGCUGGGUCGAGGAUGAUACAUGGAGAAAAGAAGGGAUUGCUUAUAUCAAUACUCCAGAAGUGUCCAAAGAGCUAUUGGCUUAA